AAAAGUUAAAAAUUGUCUAUAAGAGGAAAGUGGAAACUCGCAUUUUUUGGAGCAGAUGGCAGCAGUGCAGAGUGCAGCACGCAGCACCAGCAGCACAAAAAAGUUCAGAAUCGAAUCACCAGAGGGAGAUAAUUGGUUAGCCUACUUGAAGCAUCCGGGAACCUCGCCAUAGUAGUAGACAUGGCGGGUAUCAGCCUGACUAAAUGACGAAAUAAAUUUGUUUGAUAUUAUAAGACCGUGUUAAUUUGAUAGAGAAAGUGUUUAUACUGAAAGACUAAUUAAGUUAAAUUGUAUUAGGACAAAAAUGCAGAAUGUCGGACAGUCUGAAAACCGAAAUAUCGAUAAGGUGAAUGUGCAACUUGAUGUGGUAAAAUCGUCCACUCCUCAGAGUUCGGCUUCGAGUCCGGCCAAAUCUGAAACCGAAACGUAUUCAGGAGCGCCUGCCAAAUACAUGACAGACUCUUCAGAAAGCGAGGAUGACUCUGUAUCCGAGAUCUUGCUGGCUUGUUUGUGCCUUAGCAGGCCAGACCUGUUGGCGGAGAUGGAAGAAGAAGGUUGUGCUGCCGUGCCAUCCGAUUUUCUACUCUCCCACGAUGACCCCGAGCGGACUGUUGAUCCUGACAUGCAGGCCCGACUUGAAACCCUCCUUGAAGUAGCUGGCAUCGGCAAGCUAUCGGGCGAAGGCAAGCACCUCGCGGACCCGGAGGUGUUGCGGCGGCUGACGUCUUCAGUGUCUUGCGCACUGGACGAGGCGGCCGCCGCCCUCACGCGCAUGCGCAGCGACCAGCCGCCCGCGCUCCACCGGCACCACCACCAGGACAAGCCCACGCAGUGCGGGUCAACUGCGACGGGCACGACGCCCACGGUCGCGUCGUCCGUCGGCGCGGACGGAGCGCCUUCUUUAGCGGAGGCCUGUUCGGACGGUGACGUAGGCACGGUUCGGAAACUCCUCACCGAAGGGCGCUCCGUCCACGAGACCACGGAGGAGGGCGAGUCGUUGCUGUCGCUGGCGUGCUCGGCGGGGUACUACGAACUGGCGCAGGUGUUGCUAGCGAUGCAUGCGAGCGUGGAAGACCGUGGUAUCAAGGGCGACUGUACGCCCCUGAUGGAGGCAGCGAGCGCGGGCCACGUGGACAUCGUGCGGCUGCUGGUGGCGCACGGCGCGGACGUCAACGCCGUGUCGGGGUCGGGCAACACGCCGCUCAUGUACGCGUGCGCGGGCGGCCACGAGGAGUGCGUGCGCGCGCUGCUCGAGAAUGGCGCCAACGUCGAGGACCACAACGAGAACGGACACACUCCGCUCAUGGAGGCGGCGUCAGCAGGCCACGUGGGCGUCGCUAAGAUCCUCCUCGAGCACGGCGCGGGCAUCAACACCCACUCCAACGAGUUCAAGGAGUCUGCCCUAACACUCGCAUGCUACAAGGGCCACCUCGACAUGGUGCGGUUCCUCCUCGCCGCGGGCGCCGAUCGCGAGCACAAGACCGACGAAAUGCACACCGCGCUCAUGGAGGCCAGCAUGGACGGACACGUGGAGGUCGCGCGACUGUUGCUCGACUCGGGCGCACAGGUGCAGGUGAACAUGCCCACGGACAGCUUCGAGUCGCCGCUGACGCUGGCGGCAUGCGGCGGCCAUGUUGAGUUAGCCAUGCUUUUACUGGAGCGGGGAGCCAACAUCGAGGAGGUCAAUGACGAGGGGUACACGCCGCUCAUGGAAGCUGCCAGAGAAGGUCAUGAGGAAAUGGUAGCACUACUUUUGGGCCAAGGGGCGUCAAUCAACGCGCAGACUGACGAGACGCAAGAGACAGCCCUGACACUGGCCUGCUGCGGCGGUUUCCUCGAAGUGGCAGACUUCCUCCUCAAAGCUGGCGCUGAUGUAGAACUCGGCGCCUCCACUCCUCUAAUGGAAGCCUCGCAGGAGGGACAUCUAGAGCUGGUCCGUUACUUGAUUGAAUCGGGCGCGGACGUGCACGCGCAGACGCAGACGGGCGACACCGCGCUGACGUAUGCGUGUGAGAACGGACACACGGACGUAGCGGACGUGCUGCUACGUACGGGCGCAGUGUUGGAGCACGAGAGUGAGGGGGGUCGCACGCCACUCAUGAAGGCGUGCCGCGCGGGACAUCUGUGCACCGUGCAGUUCCUCGUUGGCAAGGGUGCCGACGUGAACCGCAUGACGGCGAACGGCGACCACACGCCGCUGUCGCUGGCGUGCGCGGGCGGACACGCGGACGUCGUCAAGUUCCUGCUGGCCUGCGACGCCGACCCCUUCCGCAAGCUCAAGGACAAUUCCAGCACCCUCAUCGAGGCCGCCAAGGGGGGUCACACCGCCGUGGUGCAGCUGCUGCUCGACUACCCGCACUCCGUCAUGUUGCCCAGAGGUAACACUGGCACGGAGGAGAGUGGAGGUCUAAGCUCUGCGCAGGCGGCGGCGCUGGGCCUGAGCCACGCGCCUGCGCCCGGCGCGCCCACGCAGCGCGCGUUGCUGCCCGCACACGCGCCGCACCCUCACGUGCACGCGCACCCUCACCCCCACGUGCACGUGCAUUCGCACGCGCCACCUGCGCACCCACCCGCGCAUCCUCCUGCGCAUCCACCCGCGCAUCCGCCUGCGCAUCCGCCCGCGCAUCCACCAGCACCGCUCGCCGCGCCCGCCGAGAUGCCGCCUAACUUCGCCAAAGUCUAUUUAGAUGGUCGGAAGAAGCAGGGCGGCGGUAACGGUACAGCGCAAGCCGCGCCGCCCGUGAACCCCGCCGCGGUGCCCGCGACUGCGGGUAGUGUGAGCGGUGCAGGCGCCGCGGUGAGUGCGCCCGCGCCCCCGGCAGGCGUGGGCGUUGCGGGCGUGAAACACAAGUGUGGGCGCAAGCAACGCCCCGCCGCACCGCACUCCGACCACCACCUGCCACCCCCGCCCGACAUCCUGGAAGACCAUAUGCGCCACCACAACUUGGUGCAUAAGCAUAAGCUAUCCCUCCCGCCCGGCUUUACCUGGAAGGAUGUUAGCAAGAAAUGUAGAACUAAAAACAAACUAGAAAAAAAGCUUAAUAGAGUCGACAUGCUAGCAAGUCAAGCAAGAAACGAAUCACUGCCAGAGACUGAGAGGACUAUGCUCGAUUUAGCUGAUGCCUCCGGUCCGCCGACGCUCGCCACGUCGGCCCUUCACGCCCUCGACCUACAGUUCUGCGCGCAAGGCGUGACGCUGCACUCGCCCAGCACGCCGCCCUACCCGCCGCCGCAGACGCUGUUCCCGCUACAGCAGCUGCCCACCAACCUCAACCAGCAACAGCUUCAAGAACUCCAGCAGCAGCAACUGCAGCAGCUUGUCGUACAGCAACAGCACCAGCAAGCGGUGCAACAACAGCAGCAGCAGCUGCAGCAGAUACAGCAGCAACAGCAAGCUGUGCAGCAGCAGUUGCUGCAGAAGAAACUGCAGCAGGAGCUGCAACAGCCGCCACAACUACAACAGCAGCAGCUACCACAGCAAUAUGUGCCGGAUAUGCAGCAAAGGCCCGAAGCUUAUGUGCCGCAGACGCCGGCGAGCGGCGGCGCGGAGGAGAGCGGGUCGGUGGAGGCGCGCGAGCUCGGUGCGGUGCUGGCGUACUUGCAGCGGGAAGUGCCUUCGCUCGUGGCUCUUCCGCCCAACGAGUUGCGCUCGCUAGUGCUGCAGGUUAUGCAACAAAAGUCUCACGAAAUUCUGUCGGGCAAGUGCUCGGAGGGCGCGGACGGGGCGGAGGGCGUGGAGGCGGACGACGCGGGGCUGGGCGCGGACGACGCGCUGUGCGGCGACGCCGACGACAACCCGCAGGCGCGCCGCUUGUUCGCCGCCACCGAGGAGGCGCUGUCCGUCGAAUGGCCUCGCGACCACGAGCUGCCUCAGGGUGGUGCGGGAUGCCAGUACCGGGCGCGGCCGCCGUCGCCGUCAGGGCUACUAGACGCGCGGGUGGACGCCACGCUCACGCCCGCGCCGGCGCCUGCGCCCGCGCCGCUCGACCCGCAGCCGCACUUUGCGCUGCCGCCGCCCACCUUAUCUUACGAUGACUACAGAUCGUCAACUUUCGGUCCGGCGGCGGGCGGAGCGACGGCGGGCACGGGAGCGGCGCCGGGCGCGGGCGGUGUGCCUGCCCCCGCGCCCGCUGCGCCGCCCGCGCAGCCGCAUGCCAAGAGGGACCAACACCACCAUGCCAACAACGCUAACCUCAAGAAAAAGGGUCGCUUCGGCGGCGGCGCUCGCGGCGGGCGCGCAGAGGCGUACGGCGCGCAUGCCACGCCGCCGCAGCCCGCGCCCGCCGCCUACUCCGCCAUGGACGUAGACGGCGAGACCGACUCCAACCACGACACGGCGCUCACGCUCGCCUGCACCGGCGGCCACGAGGACCUCGUCGAGCUGCUGCUGUCGCGCGGCGCCGACAUCGAGCACCGCGACAAGAAGGGUUUCACUCCUCUAAUCCUAGCGGCGACGGCGGGCCACGAGAAGAUCGUGGAGAUCCUGCUCAACCACGGCGCGGACAUCGAGGCGCAGUCGGAGCGCACCAAGGACACGCCGCUGUCGCUGGCGUGCAGCGGCGGCCGCUUCGAGGUGGUGGAGCUGAUCCUGAGCCGCGGCGCCAACAAGGAGCACCGCAACGUGUCCGACUACACGCCACUGUCGCUGGCCGCUUCCGGCGGCUACGUCAACAUCAUCCGCCUGCUGCUGCACCACCAGGCGGAAAUCAACUCCCGUACUGGUUCCAAACUAGGCAUAUCCCCCCUGAUGUUGGCGGCCAUGAACGGUCACACGGCGGCCGUGCGCCUGCUGCUGGACUGCGGCUCCGACAUCAACGCGCAGAUAGAGACCAACCGCAACACCGCCCUCACGCUCGCCUGCUUCCAAGGUCGUCACGAAGUAGUGAGCCUGCUCCUCGACCGCAAAGCGAACGUGGAGCACCGAGCGAAGACCGGCCUCACCCCCCUCAUGGAAGCGGCCAGUGGAGGCUACGUGGAAGUGGGCCGCGUGCUGCUGGACAAGGGCGCCGACGUCAACGCGCCGCCCGUGCCUUCCUCGCGAGACACUGCCCUCACCAUAGCCGCCGACAAGGGACACACCAAAUUUGUCGAGCUAUUGCUGCAGAGACGAGCAGCAGUAGAGGUGAAGAACAAGAAAGGCAACUCCCCCCUGUGGCUGGCGGCGAACGGUGGGCAUCUCGCGGUCGUCGAGAUGCUUUACGCCGCCGGCGCAGACAUCGACUCACAAGACAAUAGAAAGGUAUCUUGCCUUAUGGCCGCCUUCCGGAAGGGCCACACCAAAGUGGUCAAGUGGAUGGUCGGCGUCGUACAGCAAUUCCCCUCCGACCAGGAAAUGAAUAGGUACAUAUGCACCAUAUCAGAUAAGGAACUGUCAGACAAGUGCCAGGAGUGCGUGCGCGUUAUCCGCGCAGCCAAGGAGACACAAGCCGCGCGCGCCAACCAGAACGCCACCAUCCUCCUCGAGGAACUAGACGCCGAGCGCUGCCGCGAGGAGAGCCGCCGCCUGGCCGCCGCGCGCCGCCGCGAGCGCAAGAAGAAGAAGAAGAUAGAGAAGAAGGUGAGUGAAGAGGAAAGGCGUAAACUCCAGGCGGAGAAUGAAAAAAACUCAUUGUACUGCGAUAAGGCUCUAGGGGAGUGCUCCGAGGGCGGCGAGGGGGACGAUGAACCCGUCGCCAGGGAGGAGGGUGACUCUGGCAUCGACGCCAACUCGCAGGGAUCCUGUUCGUCGUCGGAUGUGAAGGCACCACCCGCGCUGAGCGCCAAGUGCAAGAAAAAGAAGAAGGAGGAAAAGGCCGCGCCGCCCCCGCCGCCGCCCAAGAAGCAGCCCGACAAAGCCAAACCUAAAAUAGAAACUAAACCAGAAACCACGAGCAAACCUGACAAGAAACAAGAGAAGGAAAACGUAGCACCCAGCUCACCGCCAGCCACGCCCGCCAAGCCGCUCGCGCCCGAGAGACGAGCUAAUGAGAAGAAGGACAAAAAACCCGAGGAGGAUGCCAAGAGCACCCCCAGUGUACCGAAUGUUAGCAAAUACGGCACCAGCUCGCGUAAGAGCCAGGUGUUCGAGUCCAGUAGGCACAAUGUGGACUGCGACUCUGUGGACCCCACUGACAAAAAUAAAAAGAUCCACAGCUCCCAUCAAUGGGAGGGCGACGCGAAGAGCACCUCGCCGAAGAGCGGCAGCGGCGGAGGGGGCUCCAGACGCGAAGAGGGGUGGAAGGAGGUCGUACGCAAGUCCAGCGUGCAGGCCAUCUCCACACUUGAACCGGGUUGCAAGAAAGUGUCCGUAGCAGCACACGCCAUAUCGCGAGUGAUCGGGCGCGCGGGCAGCAACAUCAACGCUAUUCGCUCCGCCACCGGCGCUCAUAUCGAGGUCGACAAGCAGGUCAAAGGCCAAGGCGAGCGCAUCAUCACCAUCAAGGGCGGAUCGGAAGCGACAAAGCAAGCAGCGAACCUAAUCGCAGCGAUGAUACGAGAUCCCGAGGCGGACAUCGCGCAGCUGCUGCCGCGCGCCAAGCUGCCGCCCGCGCAGCCGCCGCCGCAGCACACGCCCAAGCCCAAGCAGCCCACCGCCAAGACGAGCAGCGUGAGCGUGGUGGUGAGCAGCAGCGUGACGCCCAGUCGCGCGACGCCGCCCGCGCGCGCGGCUGCCAAGCCACACCCGCAGACGCGGCCGCCCGCCCCGCGCCUGCACUCGCACCCCAUAAUCCUGCCCGAAAAACGAGUACCAAGCACUGCCACAUCCAGCAGCGGCGCGCUGAAAAGCUCUGCAGCGUCACUGUCAUACACGGGCGCCAUAGUGGGCGGCGCGCGCAGCCACACCUUCGCUGCCAAGCUCACCGCCACCCCACCCGUGGACACCAAGCCCAGACCAGUGCCGCAGGUGGUGCCUAGCGGCAGCAACGCGUCGAGUGGCGGCGGCGCAUCGCCGCUCAAGGCGCGCGAGUCGCCGCCCGCACACGCGCUACAUAAACUCGACGACGAGCCCCGAGUGCCGCGCCCGCACCAAGACGCGCUGCAGCUAAGCCCAGAUAACUCGAGCACAUGGAGUAACGAAGACAUCCCAGUGAAUACCUCUUCAGCCCUCCACAUUAACACUACCCCACAGCAGGUGAACACGAGCGCCUGCUCGGGCGGCAAUAGCGGCGGCGGCGGUGGAGGCGGCGCGCAGGAGUACUCGCUGUUCAACGACCUGACCGUCGGCGCCGCCGCCGUGUGGGGCUCCGCAGACCACAACGUGGACCCGCUCCCGCCGCAGGUGGAUGCCAGCAAGGCGCCGGGCUACCGCGGCGGCGGCGGCUGCUCGCCGUGCUCGCGGACGUCCUCGCACGGCUCCACGCCCCCUCCACCGCCUCCCCCGCCCUACCACCACCCGAUGCCUAUAGGCAAUAAUGUAAACACAAUGGACAUGAGCGGGCUGUCUCGGAAUGGACCUAUGUAUCAAGACAACUCCAGAAAUGGACACAACAUGAUGCAACAAGUGGGUAUGUCUCCGCACGCGGGCGGCGUGUCGGGCGUGGCGAUGGGGCUGGGCUACGUGGGCGCGGAGAGCGUGUCGCGCCUCAACCCGCGCGCGCCCGACUUCGCGCAGCGCCACCCCAUGAUGCAGCAGCAGCAGCCGCCGCAGCACAAACACGCCGCACAGCAGAUGUUCGGAGCCAGCAACAGCGCCGCCAACCUCAGCUCACUCCUCGUGUCCUACCAACAAAGUGCACCUAAGAUGCCGCCACCACAUAUGCCUUAUCAGGGUAUCGAAUUGCAAUCGCUGCUGGAGCGGGGCGUGGGUAUGAAUGUGAACAUGGGCGGUGUGGGCAACGUGGGCGCUGUGGGCGGCUGGGGCGAGGAGGAGGAGCGCAAGCCGCGGCCCAUCGGCACGGAGCGCGCGUGGAAGCUCACCGCGCCCGACGACUGGCACCACGCGCACCACCACCACCGCACCGACCACGACAGAUACCAGCCGCAGCCGACGGCGGGCAUGGGCGAGGGCGCGUACGGCGCGGGCGGCGGCGGAGGCGGCGCGGCGGCGGCGGCGCUGUCCAUGAUCCACGCGAUGCCGCUGCACUACCUGCCGCCCGCCGACCAGCACCACUGGGAGCAGCCGCACGCGCCGCACCACGCCGCUGACAAACAGCAAGCCUGGGGCAAAUGGAGCCACUAGACGCGCGGCGCCGCUAUCCACGAGGAUUAUAUAUAAUUGUAACCCUUGGAAAUGGUGUAGAUACCUACUAGUGAGAAAGAUAUAUUAUACAGAUUAUUAUAUACAUAAUAGAGAAAUGUCCUAUGGAGACCUUCGUGCGAGUAGCGCUUGGGGAAUGUGAUUCCGGAGCCUAUGUUGCGUCGCGCCGUUCGUAUUUUACACACAUAUUAUAAUACCGCAUAAUACGAUAUUGAUUUCGAAGAGUACUGAAAAACCGCUUGUAAAGAUUAAAUAUCAUAUAUUGAUGCACUGUAUCCACUGGUGUUUUUAAUAAUACCACCUGUUUCUUUUUUUUCAAUGAUUCAUUAUUAUUUUUAUUAGGUUUAUUUGGGUAAUGUGUAUAUUUAUAAGUAAAUUAUUACCGAGGACUCGCUGUGUCUCGAAUAUGAUUAAAGCAGCAUGCGCGGUAAGUUCUAGGCAAAUAAACCGUUAAUAAAAUUGU